AUUUCCCACAAAGUACAAAUAGUAGUGAGGUGCUGAUUCAUACAUUAUUUUAUAGUUGGUUAAAAUUACAAAAAUGGAACAAAAAAAUAUUUUGUGUCUUUUCGACGUUGAUGGUACUUUAACAAAACCCGUGAACGUGAUAGAACCAGAAAUAUAUUCGUUUUUGUUAGAGAAGGUAAAGGCACGUUGUACUGUUGGUAUAGUAGGAGGCUCGGACUUCAAGAAAAUUGCAUUCCAGAUGAAUGGAAAUGAUGUAAUUCAUAAAUUACAUUACGUUUUUUCAGAAAAUGGUCUAGUUCAAUACAAACAUGGAAAAGAAGUUGGAAGACAAAGUAUUCAAAAUUUUUUAGGUGAAGAUAAAAUUCAGAAAUUUAUCAAUUUUGUCUUAAAAUAUCUCUCAACUAUAACACUUCCAGUUAAAAGAGGCACAUUUGUGGAAUUUAGAACUGGAAUGCUUAAUAUAUCUCCAAUAGGUAGAAAUUGUUCACAGCAAGAGAGAGAUGCCUUUGAAAUAUAUGAUAAUGAACACCAUGUAAGGAAGACAAUGAUAGAACAACUAAAAAAAGAAUUCCCAGAUUUCGGUUUAACAUACAGCAUAGGUGGCCAAAUUAGUUUUGAUGUAUUUCCAACUGGAUGGGAUAAAACCUAUUGUUUAAAAUUUUUAGAAAAAGAAGGCUUUGACGAAAUUCAUUUCUUUGGAGACAAAACUCAUCAAGGAGGUAAUGAUUAUGAAAUUUAUAAUGAUAAAAGAGUAAUAGGCCACAAAGUUACUGGUCCCUUAGACACCAAAAAACAAUUAGAGGAAUUGCUUAAUUUGUGAUUGUAAUAGGUAUCUUAUGUUUUUUUUGUAAUAUACUGUUAUUUUUUAUUAUAUACACAAUAUAUUAUAUUAUAAACAAAUUUUUGAUGUAAUGAAAGUUUUAAGAAAUAAAAUUAUUUAUAUUUUUUUAUUUU